CCUUCGUCAAUCAUCGGCCGCAGACCCUGCCGGUUUGACUUGCAGGUAGACAGCCAUUCCCUUCCCCAUCUUCCUCAGUCGAUGACUCCCCAGUUCGGUUCGUGUUCCAACCGCCCAUCCGGCCGUCACCACCUAAACCGCAUAUUCAAUUCGGUCGCACCAUGCCCCGUCCAUCUGCAUUGCAUAAGACCGGGGAAACGACAAUGAGGUCGAGAGCCCACGUUUCUGUCGUGUCUCGGGCUUCGGUCCUUGCCCACGAAGUCCUUCCCGGUCCUCUAGAUCGCGCGGCGCUCCCCCUCGCUCCUCGUCAGUGAAGUUUUCUCUCGGACUGGCGAUCUCCGGUUCUAGCUUCGCGGCUCGAUUUCCGGAUUAGGAGCUCCGAUCGUCGGGGGCCACGCGGGACGUGGUCGGAUCCGUGCUCCGACGCGUGGCCGAGCCGCGGAGUCUUCGUCUGCUUCGGGCUGUGCUCUGGUGAGUGGUGAUUUCGGAUUCCUGGAGAUUCCUGUAUCGGACUCUGGUGUCUGCAGCUUGUACAGUCUAUCCCGGAGAUUCUUGCUCGAUUCCGAUAGUGGGUUUUUCGCCAGCGAGUCUGAAUUGAAUCGGGAGGGAAGCUACUCGUGAAUUCUCUAUCUGAAGUUUCCCUCCAGCGAUUUAACGUUGCCAUUCGUCGUGCAUCCUCUGACAGAUUCGUCUACUGUGUGCACAUUGAAUCUUCUGUGCCCUGUCAAAGUACGUAUCAUCUUGUUAUUGGAUAAGCGGUCGCAUAGUAAUUGAUUUGUCCCUUGGGUAAUCUGGUUCCGGUUCUUGCGCAAGCUCCCAGAGUCUCUACUCUCGGAUCCAAGCAUGACCACUUCAUCAGCAGGCUAUGUUCUUUAAUUCAUUAGCGGUAGAGAUUUCCAUAAUUUGUCCUGGUACGCUUGGGUUCUAGGCAUAGGCAUCCAUGUCGUUGGUAUGCGGCCUCCCUCUCCUCGAGUGUGUCUACUGUCUGGCGUGCGCUCGUUGGGCAUGGAAGCGGUGUCUCCAUACUGCAGGUCAUGAUAGCGAAACUUGGGGCCAUGCCAGUGCUGGAGAAUUCGAGCCUGUUCCUCGCAUUUGCCGCUACAUACUAUCUGUUUAUGAAGAAGAUUUGCGGCACCCCCUUUGGGAACCCCAAGGAGGUUAUGGAAUAAACCCGGAUUGGUUGAUUCUGAGAAAAGAUUAUGCAGAUACACAAGGACGGGCGCCUCCCUAUAUACUGUAUGUUGAUCACAAUCAUGCAGACAUAGUUCUUGCCUUUAGGGGUUUAAACUUGGCCAAAGAGAGUGAUUAUGCAGUGCUCUUGGAUAAUAGACUGGGGAAAAGGAAGUUUGAUGGUGGUUAUGUUCAUAAUGGGUUACUAAAGGCAGCAGGAUGGGUAUUGGAUGCAGAAUGCGAGGUCUUGAAGGAAUUGGUGGAGAAGUACCCUAAUUACACACUGACUUUUGCUGGACAUUCAUUGGGUUCUGGUGUUGCAGCAUUGUUGACGAUGGUGGCUGUGAGAAAUCUUGACAAGCUAGGUAAUAUCGAAAGGAAGCGAGUCAGAUGCUAUGCCAUGGCACCUGCCCGGUGCAUGUCCCUGAACUUGGCAGUCAGAUAUGCGGAUGUCAUCAACUCUGUCGUGCUCCAGGAUGAUUUUUUACCACGAACAGCUACACCCUUGGAAGACAUCUUCAAGUCACUUUUCUGUUUGCCGUGCCUCCUGUGCUUGAGGUGCAUGAGGGAUACCUGUAUUCCAGAGGAAAAGAUGCUGAAAGAUCCCAGAAGACUUUAUGCACCCGGUCGCCUCUAUCAUAUAGUUGAGAGAAGGCCUUUCAAGAUGGGACGAUUUCCCCCAGUUGUAAGGACAGCAGUGCCUGUGGAUGGGAGGUUUGAGCACAUAGUUCUGUCUUGCAAUGCGACUUCUGACCAUGCCAUCGUAUGGAUAGAGAGAGAGGCCCAGAGGGCUCUUGAUCUGAUGUUUGAGAAAGAUCAUAUCAUGGAAAUUCCAGUAAAGCAACGGAUGGAGCGGCAGGAAACAAUAGUCAAAGAACACACAGAGGAGUACAAGGCUGCUUUGAAGAGGGCAGUCACUUUGGAUGUUCCACAUGCUUAUGCACCUUCUCAAUAUGGCACUUUCGAUGAGCAGGAAGAAGGGCAAGAUCCGUACAAAUCCGACGGUGCCUCAUCCGCUGGCUCAUCCAAAAGGGAAAAAAAGAGUGAAAGCUGGGAUGUACUGAUUGAGCGGCUCUUCGACAAGGAUGAAUCAGGUCACAGGAUUUUUAAGAAAUCUCAACAUCAAGAAGAUUGAUUGCGUAAUUCGAGGGAAAAUGCAUACUUUUGAGUAAAUGAGUCCUGUUAAAUACUUCCAUUGAUUUAUUUGUACUUCAUUUUUGAAUUAUAUUUUGUAAGAAAUUGGUUUGGUGGACCACUCAUCGAGUUGGUGAGCUUUGGUGCACGGUUAGAGGACAGUGCAGGCCGAAGAACACAGAAAUUACUUGGUAAGAUUUUAGAAAGCAUGUACGAAACGGGAUGAAGAGAGUGCAGAACAAUAAAUAUAGAGUGAUGGUGCUUGAUCUCGACC